GUGUGUCGAGAGAGAGUUUGGAGUGCAGCACACCCAUGCGUAAAUGUGACCAUCCUCUCCGUGUUCCCUCCAUCCCUCCCAUCCCGCCUUCACCCUCCAGCGGAUCCUCUUCACCUCUAACGCCCGGAUCACCUGCGCGGUGGUCGGGGGCCACUUUUGGACCGUGGAGUCCCGCUUGUCUCGGCUCGGCGCCCUCCUCCAGGGCUUAGGGGGAGCGUCGGGGAACUCCUCCAGGUUCCUGCCGGGCUUCGUGUCCACCUCCGGGGAGAGUCAUGGCGCGGAGCGGCGGGAGCGACGCGGCUCGACGCGCUCCCGGAUGCCGGUGAUGCGGGGUCUGAUUGCGCCUCAGAACACCUUCCUGGACACCAUUGCAACUCGGUUCGAUGGAACCCACAGUAACUUCGUCCUGGGAAACGCUCAGGUCCAGUCCCUCUACCCAAUAGUGUACUGUUCGGAUGGCUUCUGCGAGCUGACUGGCUUCGCCCGCGGCGAGCUGAUGCAGAAGAGCUGCAUGUGUCACUUCCUGUACGGCAGCGAGACCAGCGACCGCAUCACCUCACAGAUGCAAAAAGCUCUGGAUGAACGCCGGGAGUUCAAGACUGAGAUAAUCCUGUACAAGAAGAGUGGUGCCAAGUUCUGGUGUUUGCUGGACAUCGUUCCAAUCAAGAAUGAGAAGAGUGAGGUGGUUCUGUUCCUGGUCUCACAUAAGGACAUCACAGAGAACAGGGACCUGGACCAGGUCAACGACUCUGACACUGAUGAGGAAACCAGCCAUGAGAUCCGCCCGAUCAGUCGGCCUCCAGGAUGCAACAUGGAGCGCCGGCGCAGUCGGGCCGUCCUCUACCAGCUGUCUGGACAUCUCCAGAAACAGGACAAGACCAAAACCAAGCUCAAGAUCAACAAUAGUGUCCUUGGGGCCAACGCUAACCCGAUCCCUGAGUAUAAGGUGGCCGACGUCCACAAGUCCCGCCUCAUCCUCCUUCAUUAUGGUGCAUUCAAGGCUGGCUGGGAUUGGCUGAUCUUGCUGGCCACCUUCUAUGUCGCCAUCACCGUUCCCUACAACGUCUGCUUCACCGCCAUGGAGAUACGAGAGGAUGGCGGCACAGCAGCACGAAACCCUCCCAGCGUCAGCGACAUCCUGGUGGAGAUACUUUUCAUCAUCGACAUCGUGCUAAACUUCAGAACGACCUACGUGAGCACCUCCGGGCAGGUCGUGUAUGAUCCCCGCUCCAUCUGCAUUCACUAUGUCACCUCCUGGCUGUUUGUGGAUCUGAUUGCUGCGCUGCCCUUUGACCUUCUCUAUGCCUUCAACAUCAGCGUGAACUUUGGGGUUCACCUACUGAAAACUGUGCGUCUCCUGCGCCUCUUGCGCCUCCUGCAGAAGCUGGACCGGUACUCCCAGUACAGCGCUGUGGUUCUGACUCUGCUCAUGUCCACCUUCGCUCUGCUGGGCCACUGGAUGGCCUGUGUCUGGUACUUUAUUGGACGCAGCGAGAUUCAGGGUAAUAACCCCGCCACCUGGGACAUAGGCUGGCUCCAUGAACUGGCCAAGCGUUUGGGAACUCCUUACUUCCUGACACCACUGACCUCCCUGCUGGAAGAGGCACCUCACAGCAGCAUGACAGCAGGGCUGGUGAACUACAGCCAGUGGGCCGGCUCCGGGCUGAACGGGACCGGGUCUGUGGCUUCAGGCGGUAGGACCAGAGUCAGGGCGCUAAACGGUACUGGGAUGUCGCUGAGCGGCGGGCCGUCUGUCAGGAGCUCCUACGUGACGUCGCUGUACUUCGCCCUGAGCAGUCUGACCAGCGUGGGCUUCGGAAACGUCUCGGCCAACACAGACACAGAGAAGAUCUUCUCCAUCUGUACCAUGCUGAUAGGAGCGCUCAUGCACGCCGUCGUGUUUGGGAAUGUGACCGCUAUCAUUCAGAGGAUGUACUCACGCCGUUCGCUCUACCACACCCGCACCAAAGACCUGAAGGACUUCAUCCGAGUGCACCGGCUGCCGAAGGCUCUGGAGCAGCGCAUGAUGGAGUGUUUUCAGACCACCUGGUCAGUCAACAACGGGAUCGAUGUCAGCGAGCUGCUGAAGGACUUCCCUGAUGAGCUGCGAGCGGACAUAGCCAUGCACCUGAACAAAGAGCUGCUGCAGCUGCCGCUGUUCGAGUCAGCCAGCAGAGGGUGUCUGCGUUCGCUCUCCCUGAUCAUCAAGAACUCCUUCUGUGCUCCAGGAGAGUUCCUCAUUCGCCAGGGAGAUGCUCUUCAGGCCAUCUACUUCGUGUGCUCGGGAUCCAUGGAGGUCCUGAAGGACAACACGGUGCUGGCUAUUUUAGGUCGAGGCGACCUGAUCGGCUCGGACUAUCUGACGCAGGAGGAGGUGAUCAAGACCAACGCCUGCGUGAAGGCCCUCACCUACUGCGACCUGCAGUACAUCAGCCUCAAAGGGCUCCGCGAGGUGCUCUGCCUCUAUCCAGACUACGCCCAGAAGUUCAUCAAGGAGAUCCAGCACGACCUGACGUACAACCUGCGGGAAGGACACAACACUGAGGCAAACUGCGAGAGCAAUGGCGGCAUCAUGAAGAAGCUUCCAUCCAUUAGAGAAGAUGAAGAGGGUUCGGGCUCUGAGGGUGAACGCUCCCCUCUACCCAAGAUGUCUUCCCUGGGCAGAUUAGGGCGAGGCCUGCGCUCCCCGCUCCGCUCCCCUCUGAGAUCACCGCUACUCCCGCCAAGACCCUUCAGACCGGUGAGCGACCAGAGCCGCCCCUCCAGCCUGCAGAUUCCUGUGGUGAGCUUCAGCUGCCUGCAGACGGACCUCAGCCCUCGGUUUGUGGACGGGAUCGAGACGGAGAACCCCGGCACUUCCACUCACAAGUUUGACUUUUCGCCGAGUGUGACUCGGAGUUUCCUACCCAGCCCUGCGUCGGCUGCUGCAGGAGCCCAGGAUGGAGGCGACACCAUGCAGACUAUUGCAAAGCUAAAACACGAGAUGUGCGUCCUUUCCCGUCAAGUCUCCUCUGUGAGUCAGGAGCUGCAGGAGAUGACGCGCCUCCUCAGACCUCUUUUCCACAACUCUUCCUCGCUGCUGAUACCCUGCACCAUGACUCCGCCCCCCAGCGUCUCCUCUCAGAGCUGCUCGCCAGCCCCACCCCUGCUGACCCGACACACGCCCGUGGAUUGUCCAGAUGUUACACCUGUUCCCGUCCAGGUCCCAGAGCUCGGCCCUCAGCUGAGCUCACGUGAGACGCUUCAGGAAGACUUUGAUCCACUUUGGGGUCCCAGAACCGCCUCCCAUCACAUGACUCCGCCCCUUUCUCACUGCUCAGCUCCUCCUUCGCUUAAUGGCUCUCCUCACAUCCACUCGCAUCCCUGCCCCAUCCCUCCUCCGUCUUCAUCCAGCCACCCAUCAUUCACCUCUCCCCUCCUGGUGGACUUAUCAGAACCUCUACCCGACUCCCAGAGACCCCCGCUGGGCCUGCGGGAGCACGGCACCCAGCUCAGCUUCGUGGACGAAGGCCAGCCUUCAGAGUGAUCAUACACAACCAGGAAGUGGACAGACAACGGACCAGCAUGCACCACGACCAACUGCAUGAUGAACAUUUGCCCAGUUGGUUUUGGGAGUUACGAUGUAAAUAUGUUGUCUUUAAACAGUUUCCUGUUUAAAAAGAUCUAAUAAUAAAGUUAUUUAAAGGUGCGUCUGUUUGUAGAGGACUGAGCUGAGU